CAAUGGUCUAGCAACAGGACGAAUCUUUCAAAAUGCAUCUUCUACAAAUAAUCCUGAAUGCUUUCUGAGAGUCAAUGAGGUAGAUUGUGUAUCCGGUAAGAGGUCAUGCAAGGAAAGGUGUGGCUGGAAUGUAAGUGAGACAUCAGACUUUUAUUGCCAAUGUGAUGCCAAGUGUGCUGAUUAUGGAGAUUGCUGCUCCGAUUAUAUUAAAGAGUGUGUAAAGAACAGAACUACUGACCACUUUAUUGAUAUCAGACAGAGCAAAAGAGGGGAGUACAAAUGCUUAGAUGUCGGCCGUAAGUGGGUGUAUUUGCGGGCAACAUGUCUCCCUGAGUAUCGGGGAAUGCUACUUGACACAGACUGCCACAACAGCAAUGGUAUUCUUGGCAAAAACCCUGUUGAAGAUGUUUCCACUGGUGAACAAUAUAAAAAUAUCCACUGCGCUCUCUGUAACAAUGUCAAUGACACAGCACAAAUGUGGAAAAACAAUAUCUCGUGUCCCCUUAAACUGAUCUCGAGCGAGGAAUUUCAACAUACUGAUCUGAACACUAUGUUAAUGCUUUUAACUAAUCAAGAAUGUCAUACAGAGUUCAUUGCACCUAACUCUUCACGAAAUUGUGUUCCCUUUGAGUACACAUGCACUCAUUGCUUGGACACUGGCUUAUUGGACAGAUGUGCACAAGGAGGACUUCAGGGCAUAGUUUACCAGUUUGUAACUUACUACAACUGGAACUGUAUUCUUUGCAACCAUCAUCUCACACAAACACCAACACCAAGAGAACUGUGUUCAGAUAUUCGAUUCAUGUUCAGUCGAGGCCUACCAUACAUGCUAUUCUCUCUACAAAUUUUGGUAGAUAUGGUCAGCAAGGACAACUACAAGUAUAAGGUAAAUACAGAGGGUGAAAUAUUUGGUAUGAAAAAGCUAGAGUUUCAAUGUGACAAAAUCAAUGGGUGCAAAGCAAAUUCAUGUCCAAUGGGCUUUGCUAAAAAGAAUGCCUCUUGUGUUCUGGUUCAAGAUCUUGUAGAAAUUUCGCUAACUCUUAAAACAUAUCCUCCAUUAGUAGCAAUGACUUCAGUUUUUUUCAAGAAAAUGUCUGAUAUGAUUUCACAAGUUUUCAAACCUUUGGGAUUCCUCAAUAAAGAAGCAGUAAAAUGCAAAUCAGUCUGUGGGAACAUAAUGGUGUUCACUUUUAAUAUCACAAAGCCUCCAGAUUUCAAACUAAAUUGGACAAAUAAUGAGAAUGUGUCUGAGAUGGAAUGGAAAGUUGAACAAUAUCUUAAGGACUUGAAACUAGAAGCUGAUGUACUUAUUUCACACAAGUUGAUAUUAGUAGACACAGGGUCUUCAGAUACACAGUCUACAGAUACAAAAAGUAGAGAUAAAGAGAGUAGGGGAAAUGGAGGAAAAGAGAAAAGUUUAGAUACACAAUGCACAGAUAAACAGAGUUGUGGAAAUGGAGGAAAAGAGAAAAGUUCAGAUCAUAUUCAAAUUGUUUGGAUAGCUUCAUGCUUACUUUGCAUCAUCAAUUUAUAUUGAAAUUACAUGUACAAUGGAGAAGCAAAAUAUAACAAGUAGUGAAUAAACAUUGAGUAAGAAAUAGUGCCAUCCUACCUAAAAAUGCAAACAUUUACAUGUAUAAUUUGUUUUCAUUCAACAACUUCAAGGGAGGUCAUUAAUGUAAUAUUGUAUUGUAUUUUGUUUACCACCAAUGAAGGUGAGCAAUACCUCUUGGGUAUAUCCCGUAUAUAUACGGUCGUAAUUUACGUAAUUAACCUGGAAGAUAGACCCAGAAACCCCUCCUUGAAGGAGCCCUGUGUUCUUUUAUGUGCACUUAUACAUAGACAUAUACACACCACAAUGUAUUGAUCUACCAAGGCCUUCCUAGUAUGUAAUAAUUAGCUGCAAAUUCAUAUUGCAAAUAAACAAAAGUUAACCUUUAAAAAUCAACAAAUGAAUGAAUGAAAUGUUUUAAAUUGGAAAUAUUGUAAUCCUGCACAAAAAUGUAAACAUAUACUGGUUACAUACUGGUAAAUAAAACAGGUGCACAUUUAAUUGAAUCAAAAACUUUUUAAAGUGGUGCUUUCCUCUAAACUUAACUAACAAUUCAAUUUCAUGUCUCAUAAAAUCCCCUUAUUGAACAUUGCUAGAUGAAUUUUUCAUAUUUAUGAUGUCAAUUUAUGAUAAAAAGUC